AUGGAUAGUAGCGACACGGAGGACGAUACAUUACCAACACAUUUACCGGAGUCCAUUGCUGCCAAAUAUCAUCUGGAACCCAGUAUAUCGAAGUACGACCAAGAAAAAGAAGAAGACAUGUCGCUGAAGCCGCUCAGAUGGGCCACGUUCAUAUACAUUGAAUGGCGUCCGCUGGUCAGAGAUAGGAAACAGUUGCUAAACACCAUAAACAUAGCGAAUGAAAUUGGUCAGAAACACCACCUUUGGGGCCCGAAUAUCGAAUUUGAGCCUUCGUACCUCAGUUCUCUCGGGUCGCCACGUCCAUUGCACAUCACUUUGGCAUCCAGGCUCAAUUGUCGUAGCCAGGAACAGAGGGACCAGUUGUAUGAAGCACUUCGAGCCAAAGUAGCGCAAAGCACUAAAGUCAUCCCGUUCAGAUUAGAAUUAGAGUCCACACCGGUAGUGGUUCCCUCCGACCGUUCGGGCACCUUAUUCCUCGUGCUACCGGUGACAGAACAUUUGAAACAGACGAUGAUCAAGUGGAUAACAGACCUGAUCCAACAAUGCGCAAUACAAACUGGGGUCGAUACAGCAAGAGGAUACCGCUACGAGUUGGAGCUGCCACACGUGACCAUCGCCAUGGCCAACAAGCCCACCGUUACCCUGACGAAGCGCACCAAGCAAAUAAGCGCCCAGCUCGCGCAAUUUUGGCACGGCGGCGAGCACGUGGCGUUUGACGUCCAGCGGUUAAAAUUUGACAAAAAUCGCCAAGCGCUUUCCAUUGCCCUAAAGGGAAAUGCGUAA